AUGUCUUUGUCUUCAAGAACCGCUUUGAUCGUGUUGUGUUUCCUCUUCGUGUUGAUUCCAUCCUCUACUACAGCAACAACAGAUCAAGAACUUAAAGCUUCUAUAUGUGAAUCUCACAGCUUCAAAAACGUAAAACGUCUUCGUUCAUGCACGGAUCUUCCGGUGUUAGACUCGUUUCUACACUUUAGUUAUGUCCGAGAAACCGGAGUUCUCGAUGUUGCUUACCGUCACGCCAAUCUUGAGUCUUCUAGUUGGAUCGCUUGGGCUAUAAACCCUACAAAGAAAGGCAUGUUCGGUGCUCAAGCUCUUGUGGCUUAUCGUAACUCAACCUCUGGUUCUAUGCGUGCUUAUACUUCCUCUAUAACUAGCUACUCAACUAUGCUUCAAGAAUCUCCUCUUAGCUUCCGUGUAAGCCAAGUUUCCGCUGAGUAUCUCAAUGGAGAGAUGACGAUUUUCGCGACUCUAGUCUUGCCUCUUAACACAACCGUCGUGAAUCACUUGUGGCAAGACGGUCCCGUUAAAGGAAGGAAAUAG